GCAAGGGCAUGGACAGGGAAGAGUAUCAGAAGUGAGGGAGGCCCCUGACCAGGGCCUAGGCACAAACUGAGCACUAGAGAGCCAGGAGAACCACAGGCUGGGGCGUGGGUCAUAGCCAAUGGCAAAAGGAGGAGGGGGCAGUCACUGGGUGCAGCCAGCUGGAGAACACCUAGAGAGUUGGAGCCAGGAAACCUUGGAGCAGCAACAUUUUUCACGGUCACAUCUUACAGGCCUGAGCUGGGCUGAUGCUAUUGUAAGAUCUUUGAAUCUUUGGUGGCAGCAGAAAUUGCACCCCACCUGCAGCUCCAGCCCUGAGAGGACGAGGAGGCUCACCUGUGUCCCUGGACGGAGGGACCAUGACCAGAUCCUGGGGGUUCUGCUUCCUCCUGAUCACCAUUUUGGUGGCCCUGGUGGGCAGCACAGAUCCAGACAAGAAUGAAGUCAAAGUGUUGAGGGAAUUAAAAGCGAUCAAUGCCUCAAAUGCCAACGUGAAGCAGUGUCUGUGGUUUGCCAUGCAAGAAUACAACAAAGAAAGUGAGGAUAAGUACAUCUUCCAGGUGAUCAAGACAGUACAAGCCCAGUUGCAGGUCACAGAUCGUUUGGAAUACUUUAUUGAUGUUGAAAUUGCCCGCAGCAAUUGCAGAAAGCUUUCAAAUGGUACUGAAAACUGUGUCAUUCAAGAGAACACCAAACUGGAAAAGAAAAUAAUGUGUAGUUUUUUGGUCGGAGCACUCCCCUGGAAUGGUGAAUUCACGGUGAUGAAGAAGCAGUGUGUGGAUGCUUAGGGGGUUCUGGAACUCGCCCCUACCACCAUCUCUACCUUUCUCUGUAAAGAGAAAAAUGGCAUGCACUGGUAUUACCAUUGUGGUUUCCUCA